AUGUGGAGUCCAGACGCUCUCACUGAGUCUAGGACACUUAAAGUUGCUGUGAGCACAAAUACUCCUGCCGCGCCGGUCGAGGGGUCGGGGGUCGGAGGGUCGGGGGGUCGAGGGGUCGGGGGGGUCACUGGGGUCACUCCUCCUUCAGUGUUAGACUCAGGAAAGUUCCGCAUUGUGUCUUUGGGGGUGAACAUGUCUUUCUGGUCCAACUCUUCGUCGUACGUGGUCUUGUCCAUGUACUCGGACUCGGGGCCUCUGCGGUGGCUCUACUUCGUGGUCCUGGCGUGUUUUUACGCUCUGGCGCUUGUGUGUAACCUGCUGCUCCUCUUCGUCAUCCUGGUGGACCGAAGUCUUCGUCAGCCCAUGUACGUGUUCCUCGUCAGCCUCUUCCUCAACGACGUCCUGGGAAGCACCGGCAUCUUCCCGUUCCUCCUGUCGGAGCUGCUGCGGGACGAGCACGUCCUGUCGCACUCGCUCUGCUUCCUCCAGAUCUUCCUCGUUUAUCAGUACGCCAACACGGCCGUGCUCACGCUCGCCGCCAUGUCCUACGACCGCUUCGUCGCCAUCUGCUUCCCGCUGCAGUACCACACGCGCCUGUCGCCUCGCGCCGCGCUCAGGAUGGUGACGGGCAUCUGGGCGUUUGUGGUGCUGGAGGUGGGCUUCAUGGUGUCUCUGAGCGCCCCCUUGAGGCUGUGCGGGACUCACGUCUCUAAAGUUUACUGUGAUAAUUACUCGGUGGUGAAGCUGGCGUGCGGAGACACCACCCUGAACAACGUCUACGGGCUCCUCUACACCUGCCUCAUGCUCCUGUCGGUGCCCGCGCUCAUCCUCUACUCGUACGUGCGCAUCAUCAGGGUUUGCGUGAGCAGCAGCAGCGCCCGCCGCAAGGCCCUGGGCACCUGCGCGCCGCACCUGGCCUCAUUCCUCAACCUGGCGUUCGGUUGCUUCUUCGAGGUCGUCCAAAGCCGUUUCAACAUGGAGGCCGUGUCAGACACGGUGCGCGUCUUCAUGUCGCUCUACUUCCUGGUCUGCACCCCGAUCUUCAACCCGCUGAUCUACGGCCUGAACCUGUCGACCGUCCGCUCCAGCUGCAGACGCCUGCUCCAGCGCCGCCAACGCUCCAGAUAA